UACUAUUUUGCGAUUUUUGCAACAAAAGUCAAUCUUUCCAGUGAUAGAAUGCAUGUAGAACAGUGAAAAAAUACGAAUUAUCAAAUAUUCAUUGAAUUUUGGCGAUAUUCUUGCAAAGGUAAUUUGUGAAGUAUACAAGUUUUUGUGUAUUUUGACGGUCGUGCAUUCAUUUCGAUUCUUACUUGCUGGAAUAGAUUAUGUGGUGAACAUUGUUGAACAUUGAACAUACGAAAUGGAUCUCUCGGAAGCGAUGAAGAUAGCCUUAGCAAAAAGUCAUUCCGCACAACAUGCCGUUGCUGCAGGCAACAACGGCAACGCCUCGGCCCAUGGCAGCUCCGGUGGGGAUCAAACUGGAGCCGGGUACGUGACGGAAAAAUUGUACAUGCUGCUGCAGUUGUAUCUUCAGAACAAGGGUUGGAGUCCUUCGGUUGAGCUGCUGCAGUGUUUUGCUGAAUUGAAGGAUACGCCGGUGCUUCCGAAUGCGGCUUAUCUGCAGAUGCUGGCCAGCCGUGUGGCACUGGAUGCUCAGGGUCGGUUAGUUUUGCGGGAGUCCGGAAAAAUCAUCCUGCCUUUCGAGCAUUUUGCUAAUGCUGUUAUGUUGAAACAUAUGUCCGGUCCGCACGGAUUGCAUCUAAGUGUCGAAGCCACAGUCAGGGCGGUUGUGGAAUCCUACACAAUCGGCCGGGAAAACUUGGGAAUGGAGAAGGAGUUCAUAGUGGAGGUGGUUCAUUCGUGCCCUAGUCCAGCUUGUCGCUAUUACAAAGGUCAGAUGGGAGUAGGGCCUUUCAUAGACCAGUCGUUUAAUCCGGGAUCCCACCUGAACUCGGACUAUCUAGCCCAUUUGCAGCAGAUGGGUCAAUCAGGAUUGGAUCUUGCUGCGGUGGAAGCAGCUGGAAAAGCCAUUAAUAAUCAGGUAAAGAUACCGAAAACCACUCCAACACAGCAACAGCAAAUUACAGCGGCGAUAAUUCAACAACAAAAUAGAGCUAUGGCCCAGCAAUCACUUGAAAAAUUCGGAAAUUUAUCAAACAUAGAAAAGCAACGAGUUCUCCAGCAGCUGGACAAAAAGCAUUAUGAAGUUGCCCAAUCACAGGUUGCUAGCUUGCCACCACAAUUGGUGCCUUCGGGGAACAGCACCCCGAUUCCAGCUCAAGUGUCUGUAGGCAACCAACAAGCGGUGGCUGCCGCAGCGCUUUUACAACAACAACAACAGCAGCAGCAGCAACAACAACAACAGCAGCAAAGUCAAACAAUAGAUAUGACCCGUACUCAGCAAACAUCGACUCCAAUCUUGGCUUCGCAAACAAUCCAACAGCAUCCAAGUGCAUCAUCGUCUCAAAUUGCUCACUCGCACUUCUUAAACCAGCCGCCCUUACAAACGGUCAAUAUGGAUACUGGGCACAAACUGUCCGAUUACAUGCGAGGGGCCGUUGAUCCCCUCGAAAAUGUGUCUACGAGCAAGGAUUUGCUAACGCUACAUAGCGGCGCUUGGCCAGGCCAGGAUGGCCGCGGUGCCGAUGGGCUAGCCGUUAGCCAGGAUAAAAUCAUUCGAGCAUUCAGCGAGCUGAUGCGCAACAUUGGCCGCAUGAAAACGUUCAUACGUCCGAGCAUGUGCAAACCGUACGGGAAGCAAUCCGAGAGUUUGCAGAAGACCCUGUUUGACACUAUCCAGUUGGUGCAGUCGCUGAGAAAUUGCCUACCGGCAUCACAUAUCCCGGUUACAUCUUGGAAAAGUGAAACACAUGGCCAGGGAGGGGCUAGUGAGGGCGAAACAGUUUAGAGAGUCAAAGGUUAUCUUAAUCCGGUGGCAAAUUGAUCAUUUAUUCACUCUGUCCUAGGUCGAUGUCACCUAGAAGGAGAAUAGAAUAGACGUAACGAAGCAACAAAAAAUCAUAACUUGAAAGUAUUUUUGAGAUCGUUUUCAUCUAUUUGAGAUUUGUGAUUCUUCAUUUUUUUGAGUAAAUGCUAAUAGAAUACUAAGUUGAAAAACAGGCCAAGUUGCAGUUGGAAUGUAGAUCCAUAGAAGAAAAAGAUUAUAAAAUGCUCAUUUUGCCCUUGGAUUAAGGCAAUAAUGCAUAGCAUUAUUAGUAUUACUCGUCGCUCAAAAGAAACUCACAAAUGCUAUCGAGAUUAACGAUUUUCACUAAGUAACUCGAACCGAUUAACAACAAUAAAUCUAAAUACUCAUUAACUCAUAUUAUUCAUCAGUAAUCCUCAUAGUUAUCAACAACAAUAUUAUACUCAAAUUUAACUGCUUAAGAAAACUAUUUGUCACUGUCGCAAUGUGACAACUGCUCGUGUAAAUCACAAAACCGUUCAACGUAAUCUACCAGGAUGUAAAGGAUAAGCAAAGCGCUGCUAUGCAUUUAAAGUUGUCAUUUGAUUUGUUCCUUUGGUGCCAUUUGGCAACCAUACUCACUACAUGAAAGUUAACUACAUUAUGUUUACUUACGUACAAUAUAUAUUAAAUGUGAUAGUUUAAACACAACAGCAAUCUCACUGAACGUACUUAUUAUUUUAGCUUACUUUUAGUAGAUGUAUUCUAAAUUUAAUCAAGCUUGUAAAGUAUCUAUGAGUUAUGCCUAACUUAUGCACCCUCUUCAUCUCGCUUUUAUUUGUUAGGCAAUGAUAAAAUUCGACAACAUUUGAUAAUCCAAAUUGUGAGAACUAAACAGAAAAAAAAAACAAAUUAUGGGAAAAACUGGCAAUGAACCUGUGAUAGCAAGUAAGAAUCGGAAAGCAAAUACAUCGAGAAAGAGGAAAAAAAUUUAAUCGAAUUUAAUUAGCCAACAAGAUAAAAACAAGUGCAAGUGUGUUUUGAUUAAUACUUAUAGAACCAAAUUGAAGAUGAAAAUUAGAGUAAAUCUUUUAGAAUAAGUUCUUUUGAUAUUUUAUUGUUCCUUCUCUAAAGAUCUAUAAAAGUCAAGUUGUGUAGGCUUCAAGUUAGACACUUUAGAACACAAUUAGAUAAAGAAAAACUAUAACUGUGCAAUACCCUGAAAAAGCAAACUCUUUCAAAAACGCUAUAAAAAGACUUGGAAAUACCUAUUCAAAGCAAGCAAAUAAACUAAAUGAAUGCUUCAUUGAAGCUGCACUAAUUGCAUUUGUGAAACUCAAUAAAACAUAUUUUAACCGCUUAGGUGUUUUACUGGCA